AUGAAGAAACCAGUACCAGUGUAUUACACCACCUCCGUCCUCCUGAAAGCAUGCCGAAGUAAUCAUGUCGUCGGAAAAGCCGAUAUUCCUCCUCCUCAAAUUCAACUUCCAACCCCAACAACUCUUGUUGGUCCUCCAUUGCUGAGCAGAUUAACGGCUAAUAACUAUAAUGAUGGUUCCAACAAGAACCCUAUCCCUAACCCCUGCCUCCGUCUGUUUUUCGACAUCAAACCACCUGCAUACUGGAGGGGCACCCCCCAAUUUUCCGAUGACUAUCUCCAGCAACUACUGCCGCAGGCCUGGUCUCACAACCCCCUCACCACACUCAAGCUCAUCUUCAAUCUAUGUCACCGACGUGGUAAAUCUGAUGAGCAAGCAUUCUACACGGCGGCGUACUGGCUCUACCAAUACCACCCCAAGACCCUUGCCUGCAACGUCGUUGCUUUUGCUGCCUCAUUUGGCACUUUCCCCGACCUUCUCCAGAUUCUGUACCGUACUUUACAAGGCAAAGACCAAUUGCCCAGUGCUUGUUUCUACCUACCGAUCACACAAGGGAUCGAGGGCCGUACUUGGACGAGGAGGAGGAGGGAGAAGAUCUUGGCCAUGGCAAAAAAGGCUGUUGAUAGGUACCAGCUUGACCCCAAUUAUCGCCUCUUACACGACGCCGUCUCUGAUAUUUACGCUCUGUGCCUCAAAUCUGACAUUCAGAGCUUGAAAAAUCAUAGGAUUACUAGUUUUGAUGAGCCUGAGUGCUUGGAGAUAACCAGGGCGGCAGAUUUUUUCCCUCACAUCGACUCCUCUUACGAUCGAGCCACUCUGCUCUGCGAGAGCAUUGCGAAAAAGGUUCUUCCGCAAGGAGGAGGAGGAGUAGAAUCGGAGGAGGCCAACGAUGAUUAUGCAUACAGAGUCAGGAAGCGGUUGUGGAAGGAGGUUUUGGUGCCAUUGAACAAAGCCUUGGCCACCCCGGCUUAUACCGGUGGCAACAAAUGGGGUUAUGAUCCUGGUUUCAAGCCAGAGCCCUGCGCGGUUGAGACUUACUUGGAGGACGUCGUCAAAGCCGGUAAGUCCAAGAUUAAGGCUGGUGCUCUGCUUCCAAAUGAGAUCAUAGGCUAUCUUAAGAGAAGGAUGGAUAAUGAAGAUGACGACGUGCAUGAUCUAAUGGCUGCGGCUGAUCUUCAGUGGAAGACCAUGGUGGAGGACAUCUACUCAAAGCAAGGCAAGUUUAAAAAGUGUUUGGUUGUAUGUGAUGUCGGGUCAAACAACGAAAUGUCGGUGGGUUUGGGGCUUCUGCUGUCUCAACUGAGUGAAGAACCAUGGAAUGGGAAGGUGAUCACCUACAAUGAGAACCCUCGGCUGGUUUCCAUACAAGGCGAUGAUCUAAAGUCCAAGUACGAGUUUAUGACAACAAAACUAGGCCCCUGGGAUGUUGAGGUUAAUUUUGAAAAAGUGUUUGAUUUGAUCCUUAAAGUGGCUGUGGAUGAGAAUUUGAAGCCGGAGCAGAUGAUCGAGAGGGUGUAUGUGUUCACUCCCUCUAGGGGGGUCUAUAAUAGAUGGGAGACUAGUGAUUUUGAGGCAAUGCAGAGUAAGUUUAAGGAGAAGGGAUAUGGGGAUGUGGUGCCACAUAUUGUGUAUUGGAAUAUCAGGGCACGCAUGUCUGUGCUGGGGAUGCCUAAUACACAACCAGGCUUAGGCCUCACCAUGUUGAGUGGCUUCGUCAACAACAAUUUGGUCAAUUUCUUCCUGGACAAUGGUGGGGAUUUUGGCCCUGAACAUGCCAUGGAAGCUGCCAUUUCUGGCCAAGACUAUCAGAAUCUAGUUAUAGUGGACUGA